AUGACAAGUUACGACAAGAUUGCCCAGGCAGACGCCGAUGACCAGUGCAGAGCUUGGAUACGAAGGCUCAUCAACGCGAAAGACGAAGUUGUAGCCUUCGUUGAUGCUCGCUUGGAUGGCCAAGGGACCGGGGAGUAUCUCGGAUUCUUCAAGGGAUCAUUCAACAUAAGCUUCCACAUUGGGUUUGGAGGACGGCAGCCGAGUGCUCUUAUUCGCUUCGCGAAACCGGGCCAUACAGUGUCGCCUUGGCGGGCUGAAAAGGUGACGAACGAAGUGCUGUUUAUCGAGUACCUGCGCGAAUACACUACCAUUCCCCUACCUUGCAUACGCUGCUGGGGUUCAGCUGAGGAGGGCCCCCAAAAUUUAGGGCCAUUCAUCAUUAUGGAUUUUAUUGAAGGGAUUCGUUUAUCGACUUUUCUCAAAGAACCCACGGAUGACGACCGAGCAGAUCUGAUUCUGAACCCGACCAUUGAUGAGGCAUCAUUGGACAUCAUUUACGAUCAGCUUGCCGAUAUUAUACUUCAACUUUCUCGGCUCGAUUUCCCCCGUAUCGGUGCUAUCUCCAGGGACGACGCUUCGAUGGCAUGGACUGUCUCAGGGAGGCUCCUAACAUAUAACAUGAACGAGUUGGCGACAAACACAGGCUACCCAGCAGAUCAGUUCCCUACUACGCCAUUCGAUCGGGCGAGUGACUUCUUCCAGUCUAUUGCGCAGCAAUACAUUCUUCACCUAGCCACCCAGCGAAACCUAGCCGUCAACGAAGACGAGGUUCGGAGGCGGUUCGUCCCCCGUUAUCGGUUCGAACAGCUCAUCCCAGAGUAUUGCAUCGAGAAUGCUGGGCCUUUCAAGGUUUUCUGCGACGACAUGCAACCCGCAAACAUGCUCAUCGACCCAAAUACCCUCCGCAUCACCGCUCUGCUCGAUUUCGAGUUCACAAACAGCAUGCCGGCUCAGUUUGUGUAUGACCCCCCUUGGUGGUUAUUACUACGGGGCCCCGAUAUGUGGCUUGAACGUUAUGGUAUGGAUGAAUUUCUAGCACGGUACGUGCCUAGGAUGGAACAGUUCCUGCGAGCGCUGGAGCGAGUGGAAGCGAGGUCAGCAUCUGCUGGAGACGGAGAGCCGGCGAGGCAGCCUCUUUCUAAGCGGAUGCGCGAUUCGUGGAAGACUGGACGUUUCUGGUUCAACUAUGCGGCAAGGACAUGCUUAGAUGUCGACCUCAUUUACUGGAAAGCUUUGCAUAAUCAAGGCGAUGGUAAUCAUGAUGAUUUGCUUGAUGUGGCCACACGAGCAGACGUAGAGCUACUCAUAGAGGUGAAGAUGGAACAAUGGAAAGAAUACGAGAAAGAGUGCGCUAUACGUUUUCCCGAGUAA